AUGGCCAACGAGUUUAUUGGGCUCCAGAUGCGCGUCAUCCUGCGCGACCCGCCAGGAUACCAGCUCAUCGGCACCGUCCGUAACGUCGAAGCUGGCAGCAGCCUCAGUCUCACCAAUGUCUUUAUAGUUGCGACGCAAGAGCAUAUCCCCGAGAUGCACAUCAAAGCUCACAACAUUACCGACCUCUCGCAACUACCAAAACAGCAACAACCGCCGCAGCAGCCGCAGCAGCAGCCUCCUCCACCUGUGUCCGAUACCUCGACACCCACUCAAUCAACAGAACAUGCCACCCAGACGACUUCGCCCACGAAAUCAAACUUUGUUGAUCCUGCUAUCCUGAGCAUGGGGCGCCGGCCAGACUCGGGGCCUCCAUCGGGCAGUGUGCCCGUCAAGGCACCUGCGCACACUCUCGACCCGGGCAAGCCAUACCCAGUCCUUGCACCAGAGGAAGCCGUUGUACCAGAGGUUCAAUCAAAAGGAGAUCUUGACCGCCUCUUCAAAAGCAUGAAUGCACCCCAAGCACAGGAAUCUAAAAAAGUGCCGACAGCCUCCGAGGCGACACCGCAGAAGCGCAAAGCCCGAAAGCGCACCUCUCGACAGCUGAAGCAGCCUGACCACGAUGACGAGGGCGCCGCUAUUCUUCCCGGUAAUCACGGCAAGGGCUGGCGACAGACGCCGAUACUGCAGAGUACAUCGUCUUUUCAGCUAUUCAAGACUCUCAAGAAAAACGGCAAGACUGACAAUGGCUGGGCUUCGGAAGAUGUCACGGAAGAGCUGCCCGAGUUUGACUUUGAGAACAACCUCGCCAAAUUUGACAAGCGCACGCUGUUUGACCAAAUGCGCAAGGAGGACGUUGUUGACGAGGCUGACCGGCUCGUAUCGCACAACCGAAAGCCGCAGCCCGGUACGGCAGGAGGCAAGAACCUUCACUACACAGAGAACGUGCUAGACUUGCCUGCAAGCACAAAAAAUGCCGAUUACUGGAACAGCGAGGCUGAAGUCGGAGGCGUUCACGAGAAUGAAACAUUGAGCGGCCGUGAGCUCAAGGGCGGACAGGCGGGCAGACGAGCAGACAGCAAAUCAGGACCAAGUCGUCGAUCACAGUCACGCAAGGCGAGCGCUGCUAUGGGCGGACAGCCACUGUCACGAGUCAACUCGAGUGUGCGACAACCAGUGCCUUCGCGUCGGUCCAGUCCACGAUCUGGGUACCGAAGCGCUGAGGUACAGCCGCCCAAGGUCCAGCAGCCCGGCCUCUACCUGGUUCCGUCAAAUCGCCGAGUCGAGGCCAUUUCGACGCUGCAGAUGCUCAACCUGGAAAAUAUUGCGGCCAACGAAGUUGGAUUCCCAGAGAGUUUGAUGGCUGAGAAUGCCGGCCGAGGCAUCGCCGAGGUGGCAGUCAAGGCGCUUUCCGACCCUGCACUCAAAGUUCGAUACGAAAUGGCUGGAGCGGCGCUGUCGCAGACGGCGAACGUAUCGCUGCCAAUCAAUCCGACUGUUGUGAUUCUGGCGGGGAACAACAAAUCAAGUAUCCGUGCGCUCGUCGCUGGCCGUCACUUGCGUAACAAGGGCUACGAUAUCAUGGUUUGCCUGGUGGGCAUCGAGCGAGAGCGCGACCUGCUCGAGGAGCUACGUCGCCAGGUGCAGCUGUAUCGCAGCUUUGGCGGCAAGGUUCUGAAGAAGCAUGACUUUUUCGAGCAGCUGCGCAAGACGACGUCGGCUGGUGGUGCGGCAACUGGGACAGGUAGCAAUGGCACUGGGCGGGUGUCGGUGUCUCUGAUUAUUGACGCUCUCCUGGGACUCACAAUGUCAUUUGAGGAGCUUCGCAUCGGAGAUCAGGCAACAGUCUAUGAACUGAUGGAGUGGGCCAACCGCAACGAAGCGUUUGUGCUGUCGAUCGACGUGCCGUCAGGGAUUGAUCCGAGCACCGGCAAGGUUGCCAUAAUUGACGGGUCGCCGCUCUUUGUAAAGCCGCGAUACGUGGUGGCUGUCGGGGCUCCGAAGCGCGGGCUCGUGGAGGCGGUCAUGCCCCGGGAUGAGGACGAUCCGCUGGCAACGAGCGGGGGUGUCGCGCAAGACGACGAGUGGCGACUGUACAUCGUGGACAUGGGCCUAGGCCAUACAGUCUGGCGCAAAGCUGGGACCAAGGUGCGCAAGGGCAUCGACUUUGACGGAAAAUGGGUACUGGAGAUGAAGUAUCGAGGGCCGGACGAGGAGUCGGAUGACUACUGA